UAAUGCAUACAGCUGGUUAUCUUGGUUGACUCAAACAACAGGGUGAAAUUUCUGCCGAUCCAUUACUAUAGAAGCAAAAUCUAGACCUCCAGGUUGUUAAGACAAGUACUUGCUCUGAUUCUUAACUUGAGGAUCAUUUAAAGCUCUCAGGAGUUUAAAGUCUCUCAAAAAUGGAAAACAAGCCAGAUAUCUACAGAAGGGAGUUAGUGGAUGUUCAGGGCACCCCUCUCUUUUGGAGCAUUGCUGAGGAGUGGUCCCAGGUGGAGUCGUUUGAAAGCCGACCAGAUGACCUUUUGAUCUCCACCUACCCCAAAUCUGGCACAACCUGGGUCAGUGAAAUCCUGGAUUUGAUCUAUAACAAUGGGGAUGUUGAGAAAUGUAAACGGGAUGCAAUAUACAACCGAGUACCAUUCAUGGAACUUAUAGUACCUGGAAUUGAAAAUGGCAUUGAGGAUUUGAAAAAGAUGCAGUCUCCUCGAUUAGUGAAAACACACUUACCUGUUCAACUUCUUCCUUCUUCAUUUUGGAAGAAUAACUGCAAGAUUGUCUAUGUGGCACGGAAUGCUAAAGAUGUGGCUGUGUCUUACUAUCAUUUCUACCAAAUGGCAAAACUGCACCCAGAACCUGGUACCUGGGAGGAGUUUCUGGAUAAAUUCAUGACUGGGAAAGUGUGUUUUGGCUCUUGGUAUGACCAUGUGAAGGGUUGGUGGGAGAAAAGGAAAGAUUGUCGUAUCCUCUACUUAUUCUAUGAAGACAUGAAAGAGGAUCCAAAGCGUGAAAUUCAGAAGUUGUUAAAGUUUCUAGAUAAAGAUCUACCAGAAGAAACUGUGAAUAAAAUCAUCUAUCAUAGUUCUUUUGAUGUGAUGAAGCAGAAUCCUUGUGCUAAUUAUACUACUGUACCAACAUUUGAUAUGGAUCAUACUGUGUCUCCCUUCAUGAGAAAGGGCAUUGCAGGAGACUGGAAAAACAAGUUCACUGUAGCCCAAUAUGAGAAAUUUGAAGAGGAUUAUGAAAAGAAAAUGAGAGGUUCUACACUGAAGUUUCGUUCAGAGAUCUAAGAAUUACCUACUCUUUGUCCAACUCCUUUGAUGGCACUUUAAUUAGAAAAAUAUCUCUUUAAACAUGUAGUGAAAGAAAACUCUAUAUAUUUGCUUACUUAAUAAUGUUAAUGAUUUGUAAUAGAAUAUUCAAAGAAUUUCAAAGUUUACAUAUGAAAAAUCAGUACUGUAUGAUUUUAACUACU